AUGAUGACCACUACAAAUCUUAACAUCGCCGAUCAAGCUUCGUCUCCGUCAGAAAUCCCUCUCCCGGGUCGCGUUGAAACCGUUUUGAGGAAAAUCUACGGGAAACACAAUCAACCUCCGAUCAAAGUGGAGACAAGGCGGAGACUUUCGUCGAUUUCUGAGGAACAGGCUUUGUGUACGCUCAGUAAAGUUUUCAAUUCCCAGUAUGUGAAAGGAACCCUCGACGGGUUCAUCAUGUAUUUCUUUAAUUCUAAUGGCUCUCCAAGCCCGAGCUCCGGCGAGUCUCCGGUACAGUCUCCUGGUAAAAAAUGUUGCAGGCUCUUUCAAGCAGAGAUGUCUCUUGAUUCGGAAUCUCCGUCUCCUAAGCUCUUGAAAAGAGAAGACAAAGGAGUCUCUAAGUACAGUCCUCAGCUAUUAGCUUUAGGUGAACUUGAAUUCAAGAAGGCGUUUCUGUUGCUUAGCUACAUCCCAGGGAAAUCCCUGGCUGAGGUUACUAUAACUGCUGAUGAGAUCAGACAAUUGAAGGAUUUGCCAAUGGUCGCAUAUGAAGCAGCGGUUUGGCACCGCUUUGGCCAGCAAUUCGCUUGAAUGGAUAGCGGGAAGACUCUUUACUAUCAGUGUCAUGUUGCUGCUGAUGGUAGUUACAGACUAAAGGGCCCUCUUAUGGAGAACACUGGAACACACCUGCACAAGGUUUUGGGUGAUGAUAAUGUUUUAACCGUCAAAUUCGCAGACGUGCCAGGCGAGGAAACUUAUUGUAAUGACCUUUACUCUACAUACAAAGGGAUUGCUAAGAAUGGUAUUAUGGUUGGUUUGCGCCGUUAUCAAUUUUUUGUUUUCAAAGAUGGUGGGAAAGAAGAGAAGAAGAAAGAUUUUUCAACAAAGGGAGUGAAAUGUUACUUUAUACGCACAGACUCAACAGCGUCAAUUGAUUUGCAAAACCCCUACUUCUUCUCUGGGAAGUCAAUUCAUGAAGCUAGAAUGCAUUUUAUGCAUGUGAACACAUUGCCAUCUUUGGCUAACUAUAUGGCAAGGUUUUCUUUAAUUCUGUCAAAGACUAAGAAGCUUGAAGUUGACAUGACUGGGAUUACAUUCCAACAAAUCGAUGAUAUACACUGCCAUGAUCAAGAAAAUAAUAAUGUUCUUGAUAAGCAUGGGAAACCUUGUAUACAUUCAGAUGGAACUGGCUACAUCUCUGAGGACCUUGCUCGGAUGUGUCCAACAGAUAUUUUUAAAGGGAAAUGUAUUGGGAUUGACAAUAUUCAGGGAACCUGUGGCAAAGAGCCGCCUCUGCUGAUCCAGUUUCGGAUGUUUUAUGAUGGCUAUGCUGUUAAGGGAACUUUUCUCCUAAACAAGAAACUUCCUGAUCGGACUGUCCAGGUUCGACCUUCUAUGAUCAAGGUGUAUAAUGAUCAAACCCUGUCAAAUUUUAGCACCUUUAACUCCCUGGAGGUUGUCAAUACAAGUAAUCCACCAAACAGGACAAAGCUAUCAAGAAAUCUUGUCGCGCUUCUGAGCUAUGGAGGAGUCCCAAAUGACUUCUUUUUGGAUAUAUUGCGCAACACUUUGGAAAACUCAAAAACUAUAUUCCAGAAUAAACGUUCUGCGCUUAAAGCUGCGCUUAAUUAUGGAGAUAUGGACGACCAGAACGCUGCACAAAUGAUAUUGGUUGGUAUCCCACUAGACGAACCACACUUGAAGGAUCAUCUGUCUAUUCUCUUACACACAGAGAAGAAUGAUCUCAAAGCAGGAAGGCUUCCUGUGACUGAAUCAUACUAUCUUAUGGGCACAGUUGAUCCCACCAGAAAGCUCAAAGAAAAUGAAGUCUGCUCUGGCCAAAUUUCAGGGGAUGUGUUAGUUUAUAUGAAUCCCGGAUUACAUUUUGGAGACAUACAUGUACUUAAGGCCAAAUAUGUUAAGGCCUUGGAAGAGUAUGUAGGAAAUUCCAAGUAUGCUGUGUUCUUCCCUCAAAAAGGUCCAAGAUCUUUGGGAGAAGAGAUUGCAGGUGGUGACUUUGAUGGCGAUAUGUAUUUUAUUUCCAGAAACCCCAAGCUACUCCAACACUUCAAGCCAAGUGAACCGUGGGUGAGCUCUUCUCCGCCAAGUAAAACUUACACUGGUAGUGAGCCAAGUGAACUUUCACCAGAAAUGUUGGAAGAAGAGCUUUUCAAAAUGUUUUUGAAAGCAAGAUUUCAUUCCAGAAACGUUGUAGGGGCAGCUGCAGAUAGCUGGCUAACAAUAAUGGAUCUUUUCCUCACGUUAGGAGAUGAGAAAGUUAAGGAAAAAAACGGAAGAAAGAAAAAAAUUCUAAAGGCUAUUGAUGUAUACUAUGAUGCUCUUGAUGCACCAAAAAAGGGGGCUAAGGUCAAUCUCCCGUUAGACUUAAAGCUCGACAUUUUCCCACAUUACAUGGAGCGUAAGCAUAAGAGAAGUUUCAAGUCCACUUCUAUUCUUGGACUAAUCUAUGACAUUGUUGUAUCUCAGAACGCAGAGGAACCUCCACCAUCUGAAAUCAAGAAACUCCCGUGUUUUGAAGAUGAGCUGGUCCCUGAGUUUCACAUGGAGAAUUGUAGACGCUGGUACAAGAAAUAUAGAGAAGAAAUGCAAUAUGCAAUGGAAACCGAUGAGAAGAAUGAAUUAGCAAAUGAAGUUAACCAGAAAUACAAGCAGGAGCUCUAUGGUGCUGCAAGUUUUGAAGACAGCAAGAUAAGCCUGGAAGAACUAUACCUACAAGCCUUGGCACUUUACAACAUCUCUUACGACUAUGCCAUCCUAAAGAACAAAGUUCGUUAUUGCGGGUUUGUCUGGAAGGUUGCAGGCCCGGUCUUGUGCAGAUUCUACCUUGAGAAAACGGAUGAGAAGUCAAUGCUCGGUUCAGUUUCAGUGCUCAAAGAGUAUUUUUGUUGAACACACUUACUUGUCCUGUUCUGUUCUGCUCUUCUCAUAACAUGCGCGUUAGGCAAGUAUCUGAUCUAAGUGUCCUAAGUUGUAGGU